AUGGAGAAAUUCGAGAUGAUUGCUGUUCGGAGACGCUUAGGAAAAAUAUUACUGGUUACGUGAGUCAAAUAAAUCACCAAAUUCGAAAAAGUUUACUCAAUUUAAAUUUAGGAUCGAUGGAUCAAAAUCCGAGGAAAUAAGUGAAUUGAACUUGAAUAAGUUUUAUGUUUCACUUGGCGAUUUUUGUAUGGUUACUUUUGAGGACGGUUUGAUUUUCAAAAUCAACAAAAUAGAUAAUCAUAAAAGUGGGAUUCGUUUCAAACCAAGUGGUCCAAACACAAUUGUAAGUUUGAUUAUGGUCCUGAAUCUUGGAGUUUAAAAUCAACGUUUCCCAAUUUUGAAUUCUGAACGUUUUUUCAUACUAACCCCCUGCCCUAUGCAAUAUUUUGCAACACAUGUAAAUUAAUCGAUUAUUUUAGGGAGAAGGUGUUUUCGCUAGAAUUAGACAUGACGGAUCAACAGUAUACUUCGAUUCACCAAUGUUCGGAAGAAUGAAUUGUUUAGAUCAAAUUGAUUCGAGUUUGUGGAAUACUUCUCAAAACGUCGAAGUUUGGUAUCAGGAUGGGAACGAUGGAAUAAAUUUGCCGUUUAAAUGGACUGCACGAAUUGCUAAAAAUAUCGUGAAUCAGAUGAAUAAUAUGAGUAUGAAUAAUGAGCCACAAUCAUCCUCCAGUUAUUCGAAUUCUUAUCCAAAUCAGGAUUACAAAUCUCAGAAACCGAUUGUCCCAUUAAAACCAAGCUUUGAGAAUUCUAAAUUACAAAAUCAUCAUUAUCCUGAUACUGCAGCGGUCACUCAAUUAGCCAAAAAUCAUGAAAACAAGCUACCACCUAUGGUUCCUUGGUCAAAGACUUUUGGCCCACAAAAACUGCCAAUGUUGAAACCACAACAACUGAAAAAGUCAGAAUUUGAAGAGGAGUCAAAAACACAUCAAAUCACUGGAAUUGUUGUUUUUAAGUUCCCAAAAUAUCCGAGUCGCUUCUAUGUUUGGACAAAAGAUUCAUAUCCAGGAACUGAUGUGACAUUGAUGAGUAGUGGAGAAGAUCAAGUUAAUGUAACUGAUUGGAUUCGUAUGAAUUUGACAAAGACUGAAUUGGAAAAGCAUUUCCCGAUUAAACCAAAUGAGAAUACGCCACCAUUUACUUGUCAUUCAUUCACAAAACUAUCUAAUCAAAUUUUGAAAACCGGAACUGCUGGAAAAUCUGUUAUGAUUACUAUUCCUCAUCUCAAUUAUGAAGGAGGAGAUAUCAGAAAUGAGCAUCUCGGAUUGAUAGCGUAAGUAUUUAAAUUUUAAAAAAAUCAGGCUUAUUGAAAAAGCCGGCCAUAAAGGCUUUUGAAUUAUGCCCUCACUCUGAAAAGGCCCGGACGUCAUUUUUUCAAAUUGUUAGUUUUGUCCGGAACCCUGGACCAAUUUCAACUUACCCUCACUUUUAACUCACAAAUAUAAUUUGUUUUUCAGUGACCCUGAAGGAAUUCUAAAUACGAAAGGAGUUUAUAAACAGAUCAAAGUUGUUCGCAAAGUGCCGAAUGAAACUGUAAUAGAAAAACGAACAGUUUGGAAAAUCAUAAGUGCUCAAAUCAAAAAAGAAGAAAACAAAAUGUAUGCAAAAGUUCAGCCAAACAAGCCAAAAGAGAUCAAACCGAAAUUCGAAGUCCAUAGAAAAAAAUAUGUAGAAAAAGGAGCGGAUGAAACACUUUGUAGAGGUGUUGUAACAUCAAUUAAAAAAAUCAAUGGAGUUGUGAAAUAUUAUUGUUGGUUGAUUGAUAAACAUGAUACGUCAGUUAUUCAUGAUCCAACCCUUCAAAUGAUAAACGGAGAUUUUUUCGAAUCAAAUUUCAAACAAAACAAAUAUGGAAGAUGGAUUCAUAUAAAUCAAAGUUCAAUCGAAAGAAUUGAUCGACUUUUAAAUUAUGACAGACAUUUUGAUACAAUUAAAUUUGUUGUAAAUGUUUCAACAUCUGACAUUACAUAUGGAGAACCAACUCAAAUACAUCAUGAAUAUUUUGGGAAUAUUGUGAGUUAAAAGAGAAAGAGGUGAAAAAUUAAAAACAAGUUUGAAAAUUACAGAUUGAUAUCUGGAAUAAAGUAUCAGAAAAUGAACCAGAUGGAUCUUCUAUUCAACUUGAAAUCAUUCAACAUUCAGUCAGUGGAACAUAUCACUGGGUUGUUUUCAAUCAUGCAUUUUCAGUCAAAAAGUUGUAACUUUUUCUGCGUUUUUUUGUUUGAACUUAAUUAUACUUACUUUAUUAAAACUAAUAUACUGACUGAAUCAAAAGUUUUAAGAAAAUAAACGAGAUCUAGAAAUUCAUCAGUUUUUAAUGUAUCAAAGUUAGGGCAAGUCCCGAUUUUUUUUUGAUAUUAUAUUCACAAAAACAUUAGAAAUUAAAUCUGUCAAAACAAUCAAAUUCGAUUCCCAUCAGAAUAGCGCUAUAAAAUUCGUAUUCAAGCCCUACUACUCCUCUUAAAAUCCACUUAUCAAAAACCAUGGCGCUUUCUCAAACUUGGGAAAAAUUCCACAGUAUCUAUCAAUGUUUGUGCACAAUCUGCUCAUUAAAUCUCAACAUAAUUCUGAUAUUCCUAUUUUUUAUGCGGUCCUCAAAAAAAAUUUGGAAUGUACAAAUAUAUGAUGAUUUAUAUUUCAGUUAAAAUUAUUCAUUCAAUUUGGGAUUUGAUUGCAUAACCGGUGUGAACUUUUUUCUCUCUCAAAUCUUUUCAAAAAUUAAUUGUAGCAUGUUCAUUCUUUUUUAUCUCGAAUAUUUUUUGAACAAAAAAUAUUUUCUAAACGAAAAGCACUGAGCGUUUCAUUGAUAACCCAGUGUUCUUAACAAAACCAAAACUGAUAACAAAUCUAUGGCGGAAGUGUGUCAGAAAAAGUUACAUCUCAAAAAUCUAACUCAUCCUAUCAGAUAGACAAUUUCACCCUGAUCAAGAUCAUAUAUUCAGAUAUUGUUGAGAAUCUCUUGAAGUUGCUUGAAAUUAGAUUUGUUGCUCAAAUUCCUUAUCAAAAUUGGUUAUGAAAUAUGGGGGUAUAAAUAAGUAGAUGUCACUUUUCUCAUUUAUUUUAUUAUCAGUUGCACAACUAACACAUUAGUAUUUAGAAACUUAUAUUUAAAAAUGGUGAAAUUCGAGAUGAUUGCUGUUCGGAGGCGCUUAGGAAAAAUAUUACUGGUUACGUGAGUCAAAUAAAUCACCAAAUUCGAAAAAGUUUACUCAGAAUCAAUUUAAAUUUAGGAUCGAUGGAUCAAAAUCCGAGGAAAUAAGUGAAUUGAACUUGAAUAAGUUUCAUGUUUCACUUGGCGAUUUUUGUAUGGUUACUUUUGAGGACGGUUUGAUUUUCAAAAUCAACAAAAUAGAUAAUCAUAAAAGUGGGAUUCGUUUCAAACCAAGUGGUCCAAACACAAUUGUAAGUUUGCAAACAAAAAUGAACUUUGAAUUCAAAUAUCAAAAAGCCAAAGUUCGGAACAUUCUCCUCCCGUAUGCAAUAUUUCGCAACAAUACAUAAUUUUAGGGAGAAGGUGUGUUUGCUAGAGUCAAGCAUGAUGGCUUCACAGUAUACUUCGAUUCACCAAUGUUCGGAAGAAUGAACAGCUUGCUUCCAAUUGGCUCAAGUUUGUGGAAUACUUCUCAAAACGUCGAAGUUUGGUAUCAGGAUGGGAACGAUGGAAUAAAUUUGCCGUUUAAAUGGACUGCACGACUUAUGUCCUCGAAAAAUAUCGUGAAUCAGAUGAAUAAUAUAAAUAUAAAUAAUGAGCCAGAAUCCUCGAGUUCAUCGAAAUCUCAUCAAAAUCGAGAUUUCUCUAUUUACCAAUCUCAAAAACCGAUUUUUACAGUGAAACCGAAUUUCGAGAAUUCUAAAAUACAAUAUAAUUAUUAUUAUCCAGGCACUGCAGCAGUCACGCAAUUAUCUAAAAAUUAUGAAAACAAGACGCCACCUAUGGUUUCUUUUUCACAGACUUUUGGUCCACAAAAACCGCCAAAAACCGUGAAACCACAACAAAUGAAAAAGUCAGAAUUUGAAGAGGAGUCAAAAACCCAACAAAUCAUUGGAAUUGUUGUUCAUAAAUUCCCAAAAUAUCCAAGUCGCUGUUAUGUUUGGACAAGAAAUGCAUAUCCAGGACAUGAUAUGAUAUUGAUGAAUAGUGGAGAAGAUCAAAUAAAUGUAACUGAUUGGAUUCGUAUGAAUUUGACAAAAACUGAAUUGGAAAAGCAUUUCCCAAUUAAACCAAAUGAGAAUACGCCACAAUUUACUUGCCGUUCUUUCACAAAACUAUCUAAUCAAAUUUUGAAAACAGAAAAUGUUGGAAAAUCUAUUUUUGUGACGAUUCCUCGUAUAGAUUAUGACGGAGGAGAUAUUAGAAAUGAACAUCUCGGAUUGAUUUCGUAAGUUACUUUGAUAAAAGAAAACCCCCGGAUCAGAUCUCACUGUAAGCACGGCCUCUUACAGGGUGAAUCGAGAGAGACGCAGAGAUUUUUCAAUCCGAUAAAAUUUGAAAAAAACUUUUCCCGCGUUUGGUCUCGAAACGAGGAACCGGAUUUGGUGUUUCGUAUUUCGAUUGGAAGGUGUUGUGUUUCUUUCUCUGUGUCUCUCUCGAAUUGCAAUUUUCCCAAUUUCUGAAAAAAACGUGCAAGCUCAUUACUAUAUUUUUUUCAGUGACCCUGCAGGAAUUCUAAAUACGAAAGGAGUUUAUAAACAAAUCAAAGUUGUUCGUAAAGUGCCGAAUGAAACUGUAAUAGAAAAACGAGCAGUUUGGAAAGUUAUUAGUGCUCAACAUGUUAAAGAAGAAGAGAACAAAAUGUUUGCAAGAGUUCAUCAAAACAAGCCAAAAAAAUUAGAAAUGCUUAAAAAAAGAUACGUAGGAAAAAACAUGGAUGAAACAGUUUGUAGAGCUGUUAUAACAUCAAUCAAAACAAUCAAUGGAGUUGUGAAAUAUUAUUGUUGGCUGAUUGAUAAACAUGUUACGUCAGUUAUUCAUGAUCCACAAAUUCAAAUGUUAAACGGAGAUUUUUUCGAAUCAAAAUUCAAACAAAACAAACAUGGAAGAUGGAAUCAUACAAGUGAAAGUUCUAUCGAAAGAAUUGAUCGACUUAUGGAUUUUGAAAAACAUCAUAACACAAUUAAAUUUGUUAUUGAAGUUUCAACAUCCCAUAUCGCAUAUGGAGAACCAACUCAAAUACAUCAUGAAUAUUUUGGAAAUAUUGUAAGUUGAAAGAGGUGAAAAAUUAAAAACAAGUUUGAAAAUUACAGAUUGAUAUCUUUAAUAAAAUAUCAGAUAAUGAAUCAGAUGGAUAUACUAUUAAACUCGAAAUCAUUCAACAUUCAGUCAAUGGAACGUAUUGCUGGGUUGUGUCAGUUAAAAAGAUUUGA